GAAGAGAAUAAUAUUUUGUUUCAUCCUAUAACUAAAUCCUAUAGACUUUUUUUUCUCUUUACAAAAAAUCGAAGAAGAAUUGCAGCAAUGGGUGGAGCUCAAGCAAUGAAGAGAAUCCCAAGAAUCAAGUUUCCACAAAGGCACUCAAAACCUUCUGGUUCUACAUCCCAGAAUUCGCAACCUCAGAAAACUCCAGCAGCUGAAGAAGCUCCUCGAACAUUUUUCUCAAGGUCCCCAUCUAGCAUGUCUGUUGCAGGGAAGGCUUCUGACCAACCCAAAAGAACACCAGUGUCUCAGGAGGAAAUUGAUUCCAUUAUGUUGGGUGGCUGCUUCUAACUUCAGGCGAAUUACCUUCAGAGAGAGGACACAGUUCCCGACUUCAUGCCUAUGUUUAGUGAUUGGGUGACUACCUUUUCGUGUUUAUGUUAGCUAUUGUACUUCUUGGAACCAUGACUCUUUUCAGCAACAGAUGUUUUUGAUUAAUGAUUGUCAAUAAUUUGUUAUGCAUGGAAUGAUAAUACUUGGAUUGGCGUACGACAUCAUUCCAUCGAUAGGCUCUAUUUUUUGGUAUUGAAUAUAAUCAUUUGCAGACAUUGUAUGAUAAGAUUAUCUACUAUCUGGCGAGAGAUUUUUGUUA